CACAUUUCAGAUACACAACGGAGAUUAACGCUCUUGCUCGAGAAAGUUUGAUUAAUGCAGGUGGUGUCAUUGAAACAGCAUUUGCCCCAAGAAAAUAUUCUAGGGAGUUGAGCUCUGUUAUCUAUGACAAACAAUGGCGAUUUGAUCUACAAGCAUUGCCAGCUGACCUAAUCAAUAGAGGAAUGGCUGUUGAGGACAAGAAUAGUGAACAUGGUCUAAGGUUAAUAAUUGAAGAUUACCCUUAUGCCAACGAUGGUCUUCUCAUAUGGAGCUCUAUCAAACAAUGGGUCACAGACUACGUGAACCAUUACUAUGCUAGCUCAAGUGAGGUAGAGCGUGACGAAGAGCUACAAGCGUGGUGGACUGAGAUCAGAACCGUAGGUCAUGCUGACAAGAAGGACGCACUCGGGUGGCCGGACCUAAAGACGAAGCAAGACCUCAUAGACAUCGUCACCAACAUAGCAUGGACAGCCUCCGCUCACCACGCAGCUGUCAACUUCGGACAGUAUGCUUACGCCGGUUAUUAUUCCUAAAUUUUCAUCAUCUAUUUUCAUAGAUUUGAUUAUUUUAUCAUAUUUUUCUUGUUAUAAGCUUCACAUUUUCUGGGCUCAAUCUGUAACAUACAUAUAUAUAUGCAUAGAUUUCUAUAGAAGAAGAAGUUAACUGACUCUGCAGUCAUGGUUUGCUGGUGUGGCAUCAUCAAGAUUCACAUCAAAAUAAUUUUGAUUUUUUUUGUGAUAAUAA